GCACGUGUAAAACCUGUAGAAUGGUGUGUACCGUGUAAAUUGCGUGUUUUGUUUAUGAAUUCUAAUUCUAUAAUGUUUUAUUUGUGUACUCUUUUCUGUAGCAUGCAGUCUAUAAAAUAAAGAUAACAAAUUGUAAUGCGAGAGGUUAAUGUUAACAAUUUAUUGACCGCCACCGCAGGUUUAGAUGCCACAGUAUAUCCUUAAAACUCUGUGCGCGGACAGCUCGCGCUCAGUCUCCUGAAACUAAACUGGCAGCGUAGACUGCGUCUUGUUUAUAACGAGAGCGUUCUAGUUUCGACGUUUCGCAACGCAGGCAAUGUAGCUGGGGUGACAGAAUAGGCACAGCUCAAACGAAAGCUGCAGAACCGGUCAGACGCCUCAAAACCCGGAAGACACGCUGGUUAAGGAUGGGAAAGGGCUUCCUUCAUUUCACUUGAUUAAACUUUACUCAAAAUCACAAAACUUCGACAUCCGUCUGUCACUCCUUGUCUACUACUUUGAUCAGGAUGGCAGCGUCCGCGAUCUUCAUCCUGGACCUGAAAGGCAAGGUUCUUAUAUGCCGGAACUACAUGGGCAACAUAGACAUGAAUGAGAUUGACAACUUCAUGCCCAUAAUGAUGAAGAGAGAGGAAGACGCAGAUCUGUCACCUGUUGUUAUUCAUGGGUCCACCCACUUUCUCUGGAUUAAGCACAGCAACCUGUACUUGGUUGCAAUGACUAAGAAGAAUACUAAUGCUGCCCUUGUAUACUCCUUCCUGUACAAAAUAGUGGAGGUGUUCACAGAAUACUUCAAGUCAGUGGAAGAAGAGAGUAUUCGAGACAAUUUUGUGACAGUAUAUGAGCUAAUGGAUGAAGUAAUGGACUUUGGCUUCCCUCAGACCACUGACAGCAAGAUCUUACUGGAGUACAUCACACAGCAGGGGCAUAAGCUGGACGUGGGAGCGCCACGCCCCCCAGCUACAGUAACCAAUGCUGUGUCUUGGAGGUCGGAAGGCAUCAAAUACAGGAAGAAUGAAGUCUUCAUGGAUGUCAUUGAGUCUGUCAACCUACUGGUCAGUGCUACAGGUAGUGUUUUGCGAAGCGAGAUUUUGGGCUGCAUCAAACUCAAAGUCGUUCUCUCAGGCAUGCCUGAGCUCAGACUGGGACUCAAUGACAAAGUUCUCUUCGAGGUCACCGGCAGAGAGAAGAGUAAGUCUGUGGAGCUGGAAGAUGUGAAGUUUCAUCAGUGUGUGCGUCUCUCUCGCUUUGAGAACGACAGGACGAUCUCUUUCAUCCCACCUGAUGGAGAAAGUGAACUCAUGUCUUACAGACUCAACACUACGGUGAAGCCUCUAAUAUGGAUUGAGAGCAUAAUAGAGAAGUUCUCUCACAGUCGAGUAGAGAUCAAGGUUAAGGCCCGAAGUCAGUUCAAGAGCCGCUCCACUGCCAACAAUGUGUCCAUCCUAGUGCCUGUUCCCAGUGACGCUGACUCCCCCAAAUUUAAGACCACCACAGGCCAGGCUAAAUGGGUCCCUGAGAAGAAUGCUGUAGAGUGGAACAUUAAAUCCUUCCCUGGGGGGAAGGAGUACAUGAUGAGAGCUCAUUUUGGACUGCCGAGUGUGGAAAGUAAUGAACUUGAAGCAAAGCGACCAAUCACUGUGAAGUUUGAGAUCCCAUAUUUCACAGUGUCUGGCAUUCAGGUGCGAUACUUGAAAAUUAUUGAGAAGAGUGGCUACCAGGCAUUACCAUGGGUGCGUUAUAUUACUCAGAGUGGAGAUUAUCAGCUGAGGACCAACUGAGGGAAGAUGUACAGUAUUUUGGACAAUGGCCGCUUGUCUUGCAUCUCCUGUAUGUCCUGUUUCAUUCAGUGAGACGACUACUGCCCUUCACACAGCAGGCGGGCAGCUAAAUCCUCCCUCUUGCUCUCAGAUUCUGCACUGGAUGUGCAGGUCUUUUGUAUAAGAUCAUGUUUUUACAAUUAACCAACAAGGAAGUCUGACCACAAAACUACUGAGAAAACCUCACAGAACAAUUUAUUUUUCAUUACACCUUAGCAGCCAGUUGCAACAGACCCCUUAAGUUGAGAAAAACGUUUUACAAUUAUUACUUAGGGCUUUUGCAAAUUAAGGGGUUUGCUGCAACUGGUCACAGGCCCUAUUUUGCAUUUGGUUUAACUAUGCUGUAUUUAAAGCAAGUUACUGUAAUAUAUAGUUACAUUUAUAUGUCUAAUUUAAAUGUCUAUAAUGUGUUCUAGUUAGACUUUGGCAUUUUAAAUCAAGCAAAUGAAAUAAUUUCACAUUGUUACAUUAGGCUUGAAUGGUAUCAGCUGUUUAUUUUUAUUGCUGUUGUAGGUGAAGGAGCUGUCUUAUAGUGUGAUAUGAUCUAAAGUCUGUAGAGUUGAAAAGAUAACCACAGGCCAAGUGAAAUGAAUACCUAGUGCUCAAAAUCAAUGAUUAAUAAGGCAACAUACUGUUAGGACAGCACUGUAACAAUAUAUUUCACAACAGUGGCUCCGUAUUUUUGCCUUUGGUUUGUAUGUGCUUUCUCAAAAUACCAGCAGUGCAUACUCACACAAACUCACAUAGGUCGAUUGAAAAGUGGAAUUGCUAAUGUGUCUUUAUUAAAAUUUUCCACCCGUUUAUGUACCCCAACAGCUCCAUCCGUCAAUGGUCAAGUACCACUUCAGCGAUACCAAACAAGAAAUGUGUUCCUUUUACAGGGAUAGUUCACCCAAAAAUGAAAAUUCUCUCAUCAUUUACUCACUUUAAUGCCAUACCAGAUGUGUAUGACUUUCUUUCUGCUGCUGAACACAAACGGAUAUUUUUAGAAGAAUAUCUCAGCUCUAAAGGUCCUUUCAAUGCAAGUGAAUGUUGGCCAGAACUUUGAAGCUCCAAAAAUCACAUAAAGGCAACAUAAAAGUAAUCCAUUCAACUCCAGUGGUUUAAUAUAUGUCUUCUGAUGCAGUGCAGUCAUUUUAGGUGAGAAAUAUGGGUUAGAUACUUUUUACUGUAAAUCUCCACUUUCACUUUCACACAAAAAAACAAAAAACAAAAACAACAACAACUUAAAUCUUGAACUUAAACUUAAAUUCUCACCCACACCUAUUAUAUUGCUUCUUAAGACAUAGAUUUAACCACUGGGGUCAUAUGGAUUAAUUUUAUUCUGCUUUAAACUUGGAUUAAACUUAUUUUGGAGUUUGAAAUGUCACCAUUCACUUGCAUUGAAUGGACCUACAGAGCUGAAAUAUUGUUCUAAGAAUCUUUGUUUGUGUUCUGCAGGAGAAAGAAAGUCAUCCAUAUCUGGGGUGGCAUGAGGGUGAGUAAAUGAUGAGAGAAUUUUCAUUUUUUGGGUGAACUAUCCCUUUAAAUCACAUUAUACAUUAUCAUUAAUAUUAUUAGUGUCACCUUUGAACAAAGAACAAUUAAUACUAAAGGUGAACAGUCUCAUCAAUAACACAUUUGUUGUGCUACGAGUGUCAUCCACACACAUUUAGAAAACGUACACAUUAUUUUGUUAUCAUACACAUUAUCUUUCGAUAAAAUAAAAAUUUUCUUUGACAGCCCUAGUAAUUAUAAGUCAUCAUUUCUGUUUUAUUGGUUUUACAAAGCAAAAUUGGAAUCUUUUCCAGUAUCCCCUAGUGUACACGUACACCUGGUUGGGAAUAAUUGCAAAUAAUUGUGACAUAGCCAUUAACCUACCAGCAAAUAACCCAACUUCACAUUGAUGUCAGCAACGAAGCGGCAUGAAUUAUCAUUGUAUUUUUUGUUAUUUAAUCCACAGCAGUCAGCAUGCCACCUGAUUGUCCACAUUUUCUUUUCACAUUUUCAGCAUGCAUUGCACCACUUGUUUUAUCAGCGUGGUGGAUGUGUGUGUGGAAUAAAGUCUGCCACCUUUGCAGAGGCAGCAGAAUAUAUUAUUUAGUCUUGCACGUCAAAACGGCAUCCUCAUUUAUUUACCAAAGGUCAAUGGUGUGGUAACAUCCCGAUAUUUAUUCCACCUUGUUGCUGAAUCUGAAAUACUGUAUGCAGUUUUGAUCUUUUUUAUUUUAUUUUAUUUUUUAUAACUUUUAUUGUUCAAUACUACUAAAAUGUCAUUGUGAGAAAAUACAUGGACAUUCAUUAUGGGAAGUUUUUUGUGAUAAUUUUCUGACCUGUAUGGGAAAGGGUCUCUUUAGUAUUAUUUGCAUGUGAAUAUUGCAAUAGCUGUUGAAAUGAAUUUCUGUUUUAUGCAGCUGCAGCCUUGGGCUCAAAAUAUGAAAUAUAUCUGGGGUAUUAUUAUAGUACGAGUAAAUAGAUUUUAUUGUAUUUUUUUUUUUAAAUCAUCCAUAAAUAUGGAUGCUGACUCUAUGUGUUGCUAUUUUAGAUUGACUAAGCUUAGGAUUGUUCUUAUCAGUCUCAACACAUGACAGGUCAAUAGACUGGUGACAAUGGGUCACAGAGUCAGCUAUUGUUUAAAUGGUGACUGUUGCACAAUAGCCAGCUUGUUAUGGGUAAGAACAGGCAGGCAUUUCUCAACAUGACCCAGCCAUCCUCCACCCAUUACUGGCCAUUUCUAAGGAUGGGCUGUGAAUGAAUGAUUCAGCUGCAUGGUUGAGUAUGCUAUGUACUGUGUCUUACACACACACACACACACACACAGGCAAGAAGGACCAAACAAAAUGUUUUUAACCAGUCAGAUGUUGGAGUUGGCUUUCUAUUAUUUGCAUAUUUUUAAAUAAUGUUUUAAAAAAUUAUUGUCUUGCAAAAAGAACUCGUAUAAACAAAUCUCAUUAUGAAGACACUCUUGAAGUCUAAAUCCAGUUUACAGCGGCCCCAAAUAUACUAGACCUUUUUUCAGAAAUACUGUAAUUAACUUCACUUUUCUUAGCCAUUUUUGAAAUUACUUAAACCAACUGUUUCGAAGGUAACUUUUAAUUAAGUUUAAGUUUACAAAGGUAGCCUCGCAUAGUAACACCAAAGGUGUAAUUCAUCACAUUUACUAUAGACAUUUUCCAAUAACGUAACGUCUAAAUAAAAUGUGUCUUUUGUUUUAUACUGUAAAACCUAACAAACGUAAUUUUUUUGUGAACUCUUUUCUUUGAAAAGUGUGAUUGUGCUGUCUUUAAAAUAAAUGAAAUUUUGUGUAAUACUUUCA